AUGAAAAACAUACCAACCAUAGUUAAGAAUCUCGGAACUAUUAACGUUAGGAAUCCUGUAGGAUUUUCCUCUGUUCCAGACCAAGUAAGAGAAAGUUCUAUGAUAAAAGGUUUUGAACUGAAUGUAUUGGCUGUUGGAAGAAGAGGACUUGGCACAUCUACACUAAUCAACUCAAUAUUCGCAGCACCUUUGGUUGACAAGAAAAGGUCAAACACCAUCACGGUAACAAGAAACGAGAUUGUUGAAAAUGACAUUUCCUUGGAGAUAUCCAUUGUGACAUAUCAUGAGACAGAUAUAAGUCCUGUAAUCGAUUACAUAAAUGCUAUGAACAGGGAAUACUUCGACAACGAGCAAGGUCUUUACAAGGCAUUCAAAGACAACAGAAUACAUGUAUGUCUUUACCUUCUUCCUUCUGACACAUUAGCAGAGCAAGAAAUAAAAAACAUGUAUGAGCUCUCACAGAGGUGUAAUCUUGUGCCAAUCAUACCAAAAGCAGACAUGUAUAUGCCAGAUGAGCUCAUCUAUGCAAAGGAAACAGUGAGGCAGAUUCUCUCAAAAAACAAUAUAUCUUUCUUUAUACCAUAUUUCAAUGAAAAUGAUGGGGAUCUUACUGAGGAAGUUGCAGACAUAGUUGAAAACAUACCUUUUGCAGUAAUAGCUAGUGAAACUAUGUAUGAGCAUGGAGGAGAGAUCGUUAGGGGAAGAAAGUAUACGUGGGGGUUUAUCAAUGUAGACCUCGAGGAAAACAAUGAUUUCAAGAGGCUUCAACGACUUCUUAUAUACACGAAUCUAGACGAAUUAGUGACAAAGACAGACCAUUUGUUCUAUAAUAACUAUAGGAAAAAAAUAUUUGAUAUUGAAAAUGAUUGCGGAGCAAUGAAAGAAGCGAGAUACCUCAAGCUUCGGAAGGAAACCAUAAAAAUCCUGAACGACAAGUAUGAGAGCAGAAUAAAGGCUCUAAAAGAAGAGGAAAUGGAAAUGGAAAAGUUUUAUACCGAAAAGUUAAACAGUCUAGACGAUAAGAUGAAUGAGAUCAGUAACCAAAUGGAGACAUCUCUCAAGGUAGAGUAA